AUGCCGCAUAUCCGCUUCCCCUCGUCCGAUGGAGAUGGCAAGAAUGGCAAAGGUAAAGAUGCCGAUAUGGGUUUUGGCCCUAGACGUCUAAAGCGUGACGUGGAUUACUGGCUAAGCCCAGAUUGUGGGAAUGUGAAUAUGGUCAUCACGAUCAAAGCACGUCGAGAGAUCGCCGAGAUAAACAUCCAAACGUGGAAAAUGAUCAACGAGCGUCCGCACCGUGAACAUAGCGUCUUCACACGAAGCACAAAACAGGAACAAGAGCCAACCAUACCCGCGGAAAAGAACAUAGUCCUUUCGAAGCAACGACUUCAAUCGAUUGCCGAAGACAUCUGGGAGGACCAGGAGAUCUAG